AUGCCUGUAAUACCGACUUUCAUCAGCCGGUACUUCACCACAGAAGAACCAAAACCACCACCAAUCAGCACUCGAACCGCCGUCCUCUUACUCGUACUCUACACGUUCGCUUAUGUGGCACCUUUUUACUUGUCGCCACGGACGCGGCCGUCGCUCACAUUGUCGCGGGACGCGCCGUCCGUGAUUCGCGCGCGCACCGCGUCCGUGUCGCUGAGUUGUGCCCUUUGCUCUUUUACCACCUUCGUGAUACUGACCUUCGGGUACGGAGGCCAGGCGCCGGCAGCCACCGUCCCCGAGGCCCUGCAUGCUCUCGGGUAUUGGCCUGUCGGCCUGCGUGAGGCUGCUUGCUGCCUCCUGCUCACUACCCUGCUCUUCGUGGGGCCGCUAUUCGAGACCCUCGUGGUUGACGGCGGGUGGCGCGACUUACUUGCCCUGCGCCUUGUAUCGCGGGUCUGCUCUGAGUGGACGACGUGGCGUAAUAUCGUAGUAGGCCCCUUAACCGAAGAGAUUCUCUUCCGCUCGGCGUCGGUGCCACUGCUUCUGCUAUCCGGCGCCUCGGCGUGGCGUACUAUCGCCCUCGCACCCCUCGUCUUCGGUCUUGCGCACCUGCACCACUACUACGAGGCGCGCGUGUCGCGUCCCUCCGAGCCUCGUGCCACUGCCGUCCUACGCUCCGCAUUCCAGCUCACAUACACCACCCUCUUCGGCGCCUAUGCGGCCUUCCUGUUCCUGCGCUCGGGAAGCCUGCUCACCGCCGUCCUCGCGCACGCCUUCUGCAACUGCAUGGGACUGCCCCGCGUCUGGGGUCGCGUCAAGCGCUGGGACGACGGUGGCGGGGCGAAGCCGAGGGAUGACCUCUGGUGGACGGUCACGUAUUACGGAUUGCUUUUCUUGAUAUGUGAAGACGAUCGGAGUGAAGUGAACUGA